AUGGCCUCACCCGCCGAAGAGAAGACUGGCCUGUACGCCAACACCACAGCCAUCAAGCAGAACAUGACUUCUGGUGGCAAUCUUGCAUUUCACAACUUUAACAACGAUUUCGCCCACAUCUCCAAUGCCAACGAGCGACGCAGGCUGGCCCUGGCGGAGAUUGAUAAAGCCCCCUUUGGCUGGUACCAUGUCCGGGCCAUUGCUGUAGCAGGAAUUGGGUUCUUCACCGACAGCUACGACAUCUUCGCUAUAGGCCUGGUCACCUCUCUUCUCGGAAUAGUCUUUUUCGGGGGCAAGAUUCCAGAUGCCGACGACACAGCUAUCAAGGUUGCCACCUCUGCCGGGACCGUUGCUGGCCAGGUGGGCUUUGGCAUACUUGCUGAUGUCGUGGGGAGGAAGAAGAUGUACGGCCUGGAGCUCAUGAUCAUCAUCUUCUCCACGCUCGCCCAGAGCCUGUCGUCCGGCUCGCCCGCCAUGUCAAUUGUCGGGCUGAUUGUGUUCUGGAGGGUGCUGAUGGGUGUCGGAAUCGGUGGGGACUACCCGCUGUCGGCCAUAAUCACGUCUGAGUUCGCGACCACCAGAUGGCGCGGAUUCAUGAUGAAUGCUGUGUUUGCAAUGCAGGGCUUUGGCCAGCUGGGUGCUGGCAUAGUUCUUCUCACUGUUACUCAAGGGUUCAAGAACUCUCUCGAGCUGUCUGAGACCGUCACCGACUGCUCCAAGAAGGGAGCCUGCGUCAGUGCUGUCGAUAAGAUGUGGCGGAUAAUCGUCGGAUUUGGAGCGGUACCGGGGUGCUUCGCGCUUUACUUCCGCCUGACGAUUCCAGAGACGCCUCGCUAUACCUUCGAUGUCGAGCGGGACGUCCAAAAGGCUGUGGAAGAUGUCACCACGUACCGCCAGGGCAAGUGGGGCGAAGGUGAGGUGGACGAGCUUGCGCGGGCCCAAGCCAAGCAGUCGGCGAAGGUGGACCUUGAUGUGCCCAGGGCGUCGUGGUCCGACUUUAUUUCGCAUUAUCGGGAGUGGCGGCAUCUGAAGGUGUUGCUCGGAUGCGCCCUGUCGUGGUUCUUCCUGGACAUUGCCUUUUAUGGUCUUGGUCUCAACAACACCAUCAUCCUGAGCACCAUCGGCUUCACCGGAGGCAGCAAUGUGUACCAGAUCUACUACCGGACAGCCAUCGGCAACCUGAUUCUUGUUCUGGCCGGUGCGGUGCCGGGCUACUGGGUGUCUGCUGUGUUGAUCGACACGGUCGGGCGCAAGCCUAUCCAGCUGUUCGGCUUCUUCAUGCUGACGGUGCUGUUCUGCGUCAUCGGCUUCGGGUUCUGGACGCUGUCGGGCGGCGCCUUCAUGGCGCUGUUCACGCUGAGCCAGUUCUUCUUCAACGCGGGGCCCAACUCGACGACCUUCAUCAUCCCCGGCGAGGUGUUCCCGACGCGGUACCGGUCGACGUCCCACGGCAUCUCGGCAGCGUCUGGAAAGCUGGGCGCAAUCAUCGCACAGGUUGUCUUUGGGCCUCUGAGGAGCAUCGGUGCGGAUGCCGCCAAGGCCAAGACAGACCCACGCUGGGCUGCGCCUUUCAUUGCCCACAUCAUGCAGAUAUUCGCCGCCUUCAUGGCAUUGGGCUUCUGCACGUCCUGGCUGGUGCCCGAGCCGGCGAGGAAGACGCUCGAGGAGCUUGCAGGAGAGGACGGGAGCGUUGUCAGUGUAGUCGACACCGUCUCAGCGGGCGACAAGGGCUUCGGUCAAGGCAGAGCAAGCCGCGCCUCGAAUGGCAGCUAG